AUGUACACGGCCGAGGAGACCAUAGCAGCGAUCAAGGCGUCCCGGAGCAGCAGUCCAGAGUCUAAGAAACGCUGCAACGUCGGCGACAACCCUCCUAUCAGCAGCACAAGCUCGUCGAGCUCCCGGAGCGACGGCGCCGAGGCCAACAGCUCCAGAGGCCAGACGGCCACGUCGACGCCGCCCUUCAUCGGCACGCCCAGCAGCUCCGUGGAGAACAGCCCGAGCACGAUGGACAACAACGGCCACCACCAUCACCCCCAUCGUGUUGAUAAGGACGUCGAGAUGUUCAAUGCCGACGCGGACGCGGAGGCCGAGAGCGAGACUACGCCCCAGAUGCAGCAGCCAGGCGGGCGCAACGGCCUCCGACGCGUCGCCCUUGAGCAUCUCGCUCAAGGAGGUCGGCAACCCGAGGGUCAAGCGGAUCGCGCCGCAGUCCGCGCCGCCGACGUCGACUGCGGAGAGCGCACACAGCCCUCACUGCGGCAAGAACCUCUCAGCUCUUCGUUGGUCGUCCCGAUCGGCCCGCUCGCUGCGGCCGCAUUCGAGAACGGCAUGAGCGCUGUCGAGGAGGCUGCUCAAGGCUCAGGUCCAGGACGUCGUGCGAGUCUGCAACGCUGCCCUAGCGGCGGCUUGUCGCAGAAGAUUACGGUGCCCGUGCAGGGCGUGGUCAUGAUUCAGCUCAAGGAACUCACCAAUGCAAUGUUUUAUUAUAAAAUGAUGAUGAUACAUAAUUCGACGCCACAUAUUCGGUCGUGCUUCCUGUGGGGCGUGGUAAUCGUGGCGCUGGACGCUGCGAUCGCGAAAUUCUCUCGGAGGACCGACCUCGGCGCGACGCGUCACGCUGUGCUCUUUCAAGGAAGUGGAGGAGGUGUCGCGGCCGAAAUGAGUGGCCGAUGCGAAGCUGUCGACGUGUACAACGUCUUACGCGUCUGUGUCUGCAGUGCGAUCGACCCCCAUCUGCCAAACCUUGCACAGGUGAUAUGGCAAUACGCGGCUUCGUGGAUAGAUGGCCUUCCUUGUAAUCGUUCUUGUCUGUCGCACCCGCGAUGGUGGGGCGGAUUCCAGAUCCAUCUGAUGGUCUUAUACUACCGUGCUGGACCGCUCAGCUCGCUUGGUGCACAGUGUAGCCGCAACCGCGACACCAGCCUCAUCUGCUUACCAACAAUUCUUUUGAGAACCAGACUGAGGGACUUGCAGGCAACCGCGACUGACGGGAUAUCGGUCGACGUGGCCAGCAAGGUGGUACCUACACGCGCUACGGGAAGAGGAGGUUUAUGCCGGAAGCGUAGCUGCGCCACUGCCGUCUUCGCUUCGCAUCGUAAUAUCAAGAAUCCCCGUGCCGCGUCGCUUGGUUCGGUGCCCCGUUCGGAAGAAGAUCGAAAUCUUUCGGUGGCUCUGGUGAACCAGUGUCAGUGCCACUGGCCCACGCUAAGCGACACUUACCUUCCAUGGUAUGGAAGUCCAGCCAAUCGGUCCGUGGUGAUCAACAGUUCCGAUUGUCCCCGCCCUAGCGCCUUGCGGCUGGCCAAAGAAACAUCGUCCUGUAACUUACGCAGAGGCGUGCAGUUCGCGCGCGCGAACCGUAGCGCGGUCAGGUAUGAUGUCCUCGACGGCAAGCAUGUUAGCGAACCUCAAAGCAGCGAUAGGAAUGUGGCCAGCAGCAUGAUGCGGAAUCUAGGCAUCAUCGCUAGGACAAGGCAAGGACGACGUAUGGAUGUCCAGCUUUCACAUCAACUGCCAACUGAUAUGUACGAUCUGUCUCUAGCGGAGGUACGUGUGCGCGUAAACUCAACUGGCCCAUCCGGAGAUGCGAAUAUUAUCAACGUCACCGCCGACUCAGAUAUUACUCUACGGAGUGUACCGUUGAUUGCUGUGGUAAAUGCACGAGUCCAAAUCGCGCCAGCAUCUAACUUCAUGGGUCGAAGACGCAUUGCAAUCGCUGCCGACCUCCUUGGUGGAAAUCUUCUCGGGCCUUCCUCAAUCACAAACGAGUAUGUAUUCGGUCCAUCGGUACUAGUGCGAAUUAACCAUUCAGACAUCGCUUGUGAUCAUUAUGUUGGAACUUGGAAGUACCGGAUUGUCCUCGCUUGCUGCUUCACAUGUCUCAUCUCCUGCGUGAAUGUGACACGAGUGCCCCUCAAGCCCGCAUUUUCCAAGCGUCGUGAUUUCAAGCUAGCCUGA